CGGGAGCUGCCGAGGAAGGCGGGCGGAGGGAGGCGGGCCGGUGACUCAUGGCUUCCCAGCGGCGAGCGGCUCCUCCCCGCGGCCGCCGGCCCCGCCGCAGCCCCCGGCACAUGGGCCGAGGGUCGGGGUGCUCGGAGCUGGGGAUGGCCGGAGCUGCCGGCCGCUGCCCGGAUUGCUCGGAAGCCGACCGGGGUCGGGGAAGGGGCCGCGGGGUCCCUCCGUGCGUUCCCCACCUGGGGAUCGCGGUGGAUGAGGGCGAUGUGCUGCCCGGGGCGCUGCGGCUGGUGCGGGAGCUGAGACCCGGCUGGGAGCCGGAGAGGGUGAAGACCAAGCUCUUCACCGACGGCAUCACCAACAAGCUCGUGGCCUGCUACACGGACGAGGACAUGGUGGACGCCGUGCUGGUCCGCAUCUACGGCAGGAAAACGGAGCUCUUCGUGGACCGGGAGACGGAGCUGAGGAACUUCCAGGUGCUGCGCGCCCACGGCUGCGCCCCCGACCUCUACUGCGCCUUCCAGAACGGGCUCUGCUACGAGUUCCUGCCCGGCAUCGCCCUGGGGCCCGACCACGUGCGGGACCCCCACAUAUUCAGGCUGGUGGCCCAGGAGAUGGCCCGGGUGCACGCCAUCCACGCCAACGGGAGCCUCCCCAAGCCCAUCCUCUGGCAGAAGCUGCACAAAUACCUCGCCCUCGUGAAGAUGGACCUCAGCCCAAAGGUACCCAACCCCAGCCUCCACCAGGACGUGCCCAGCCUGGAAACUCUUGAACACGAGCUGGCCUGGAUGAAGGAGACGCUCUCCCAGUUGGGUUCCCCGGUGGUGCUGUGCCACAACGACCUGCUCUGCAAGAACAUCAUCUACAACAGGACGCAGGAGCAAGUUCGUUUCAUCGACUACGAGUACACCGGCUACAACUACCAGGCCUUCGACAUCGGGAACCACUUCAACGAGUUUGCGGGCGUGAAGGAGGUGGAUUACCGCCUCUACCCCAGCAAGGAGACCCAGCUGCAGUGGCUGCGCUCCUACCUGCAGGCCUACAAGCGGCUCACCCAGGGCGAGCAGGGGGGCGCGGGGCCGGCCGUGUCCGACAAGGAGCUGGAGGAGCUCUACGUGCAAGUGAACAAGUUUUCCUUGGCAUCCCAUUUCCUCUGGGCAUGCUGGGGCCUGAUCCAGGAUAAAUACUCUACCAUAGACUUUAACUUCUUAAGAUAUGCAAAGCUAAGAUUUAAACAGUACUUCAAGAUGAAGCCUGUGGUCACAGCCCUGCAGCUCUCCAAAUAGCAUCUCUGGCCCGUGAGACCCUGAGGUAUUUUAUCCUUGCUGCGUCCACAGCCCCGGCACCCCCCUCGCCCCUUCCCCGCCCCAGCCGGGGGUGAGGGCAGGUCCUCAUGGUGGUGAGGGGGGAGAGGAGCUCUGCCCCAGCCACCGAUUAAAGGACACCCUGGACAUACCCAAGACUGGACCACGAGACGCUCGACAGGACCACGGCCUCGGGGAGGCCCCUGCCUGCGCAAGGAAACCUCGCCACCCACCGCCCGAGCGCCGAGCCCCGGCUCAGCCCCGCUGCCCAGCGGCUCCCUGCCUCGCUGGCACUGCUGCUGCUGGGCCUGGCAGUGGGUUUGCUCCCUCCGUGCUGUCCCCAAGGGAGGGAACGGGUCCCCCCCCCCCCCCCGGCUGCUCAGCAGCCCCGAACGCUGCCAGGUUGCUUCAGCUGCCCAAGGCGCACGCUGUGCCCGUCAGCUUCGUGGCUCGCUGCCUCCUUGCCCUGCCCGCUCGGUGUCCCUCGGGCUCUCAGCCCCCCCCAAA